UCGCAUCGUGUGGCAACAAUACUUGUGUAACGUGGGCUCACCAAGAAAUAUUUGCUGAUCUACAACGUGUUCACUGACUAUAGUGAUGUUGGCUAAACUCGUAUUACGAUUACCGUGUCUCAAAACAUUCUUGGUCAAUUGCAGCCGGAUAUCCUGGCAUUUUGAUUCAUAACCGGUCUACCUCAAAUGAAAUGAGCUUCACCUCUAUGCUCGGUCCAGCUUGAAAAUUUCGAUGGAGGGGGCAUGAAAAAUGCACCAGGAUUUACACUCAGUACUGCUGUUGUAAUUGAAAGCUUAAGUAUCAUGACGCGGGCGAACGUCUUCGUCGCUCGUCAUCAAAGUUGUAAUUGGUUCUGCUUACCGGCGUGUUCUUGAAACGUCGUUGUGGAAGUUGCCAGCGCUCUGUUCGUCGUUUGGUCGUCUGUGCCCGGAGCGCACAUGAAGUCACCAUACAGGAUUUACAGGAUGAAAGGCCCCGCCCCGAGGUGAAUGACCUCGAAAGCUUCAGCUAUACUAAAACGAACACAACCUGAUACAUCGUGAUCGUGGACUGUCCGUGCCUCUGUGCGCGAGCACCAUUACAGCAGUUUGCAAUGACCUUCAGCUGGCGAGCGUUGCUGACCACGGUGUGGAUUACGAAUCUUCUCAUUAGUCAAGGUGCGUCUUCUACCAAGCACGGCGGCAAUCGGCGUCAGAAGCGGUUUGCAGCGUGCACGCCGGCGGCCAAAGAACUUCCGCAGGAGUUGGCGUCAUCCGCGUCGUGGAUUUACACCGACCCGCACUCCGUGUUCAGCGUGUACGCAAAGUACGAAGACCGCCAGCUGGAAAGCAUCGCCGCCGACUUCCUUUUCACCGUCAAGGAACGCCUGCCCAAGAACGGCACUGAACGCGUUUUGCUCAAGACCUCCAAGGCGCGGCCCAACGAGUCGUUGUUGGUGCAGUCGUCCAGCAACGUCGUCCACGUGACCAGCGCUGUCCUUUUGACCGUCACGUACAUCACCUGCUUGGGAGUAGCGCCACAUGAUAGGAAAGUCGGAGCCUGCCACUUCGAGGACAACGAACUCUCGGGCGUCAUCAAGAGUCCAAUGCAUCCCAGCAUUUACCCUCUCGAGGCCUACUGCGAAAUCAAAGUGGCGGUCCCUUACGGCAAUGUCAUCAGGUUCCGAAUGGAGGACGUCGACCUCUGCCCACGCGCCAGCAACACCAUCACAUUCAUCGAUGGAGAAGGCUUGGGCGGGCGUCACCUGGCGGUGCUGACGCCAAACGGCACCGGUGAAGGCGGUGGCGUGAACGACACGGUCUUAAUGACGCCCGGAAGGAAAGCGACCGUGAUAUUUCGGGCCAGCUGUGGACGGGACGUCGAGCGACGCGGCUUCCACAUCACCUACGAGGCUCGACCGUCGGAGGCUGCCGAGAGUGAUAGCGGCAGCUCCGCCUCGGACCGGAUAGCAGGCCUUGACCAAGGUGCGUGCGGCAAGCCGCUGUUGUCAAUGCCUGGCGACGCCGUCAACGACCAAGGAUCUAAAAUAGUUCGGGGAAACGACGCCAAAAUCGGAGCGCACCCGUGGCAGAUUCUGCUGAAGCACGCCAAGACCGACGACGCCUUCUGCGGCGGCAGCCUGAUCAGCCACCGAUGGGUGCUGACGGCGGCGCACUGCUUCAAGCAGUACAGCCGCCACGACGUGCUCGUGGUGCUUGGGAAACACAGCCUCGUCCACCGCGAAGACCACGAGAUCAUCCUCUCUAUCAGGAGGCUGUUGGUUCAUCCGGAGUUCGACGACCGCACGCUGGACAACGACAUUGCCCUGAUUGAACUGCGGGCAGCCAUCCAGUACAGCUCGCGUCUGAGUCCCAUCUGCCUUGGAGACUCGCAGUUCAUCGAACAGAUGGUGUUUCACGCUGCUAAGCCCGUGCUGGGUUUCGCCAGCGGCUGGGGUCGUGUGAACAUCAAGGGCCCUCGACCGGAAAAUCUUCAGGAAGUGCGACUGCCUGUGCUGAGCAAGCAGGUCUGCCUAGAAUCGUCCCCCGCUGCGGUUCGAAAGAAGAUCACGGACAAUAUGUUCUGCGCCGGCUACGAUGACCAGCCGGUGGUGAUGGACACAUGCGAAGGCGACAGCGGGGGUCCACUCGUGGUGGAGCUUCAGGGUACCUGGUACCUCGUGGGCAUCGUGAGCUGGUCGCACCAGGGCAAGUGUGGCGUCCCCGGCCGGUACGGGUUCUACACCAAAGUCAACAACUACAAUGCGUGGAUCGUGGACACCGUCAAGUCCUCAAGAACCGGCGGCGCAACCUGAACGCUUCGGUGCUGCUUAAAGUGCACUCACACAAACAUAGGCGUGCGCACAGGGGUACCAGAAGUCCAUGCCGUCCCCACCUUCCACCCGCCCUGGCCUGAUUGGGGGGGGGGGGGGGGGGGGGGCGUGCAAAGAGUGCAAAGUCGUUAUUUCAAUGUCCCAUGAACACCUUUGACAGUUGUUGUUGCCUUUUCUUGAAUAGGGCAUUGCACUGCCCAGCUAUGGCUUCGAUCAUUGAGCACUGGUCAAGAGAACGCAAGUCCUUGCAUUUAAAUAGGUGAGGAGGGAAUCUGUAAGCGCUAAAACGUUUAUUCCGAUUAUCCGUAUUUGUUAGCAUCCCGAGC